CUAGUGCAUCUUGUAAGAGGAAGGAUUUAUUGAUUGAUAGUCAUCAUACAAUUGUUUUGAAUAAGUUGGACAGUGGAGAUAUUUCAUCAGGUAGAGGACAAAAUCAAGAAACAUCAUUGCCUAGGCCUGGAGAUACAAGAUGGGGAUCUCACUACAGGACAUUGCUUCGUAUUGAAACAAUGUGGGACUCAAUAAUAGAAGUUCUGCAAGUGGUGCAUGAUGAGGAACGUAAUCCAUCAAGGGCAGGGGGGUUGGUGCCUAUUAUGGAGUCUUUCAGCUUUGUGUUUAUCAUGAAGAUGAUGUUACAGAUCCUUCGCAUAACAAAUGAGCUAUCUCAUCUGUUGCAGAAGAAGGAUCAAAAUAUUGUUGAGGCCAUGUCUUUGGUUAUUGACGUGAAAACACGUUUGAACAAUUUGAGAAGCGAAGGUUAUGAGCCACUACUUGAAGAAGUCAAAAUAUUUUGCCAAGAGAAUGAUAUCCCAAUACCAAAUAUGGAAGAUAGUGUACCAAGAUUUGGUAGAUCAAGGAAAGGAGGGAGAAACAACAUCACUCAAGAUCAUUACUUUCGUGUUGAUACCUUCUUUGCUACCAUAGAUGCUAUCACAACAGAGUUUGAUCAUCGAUUCAAUGAGGUAUCAUCGGAAUUACUUACUUGCUUUGCUUGCCUUGAUCCUAGAGAUUCGUUCUCUAACUUUGAUGUGAAUAAACUUGCUCGCCUCACGGAUAUAUAUUUGGAUGAUUUUUGUUUUGAUGACCGGAAAAGAAUAAGAGACCAGUUAGAAACCUUCAUUAUUCAUGUUAGAAGAGUUGAGGCAUUCAGAGCUUGUUAUGACCUUGCAAGCCUAGCAAUGAAAAUGGUUGAACUUAAGAGGCAUGAAAUAUUUCCCUUGGUUUAUCGCCUAAUUGAGCUGGCAUUGCUGCUACCAGUAGCAACUGCAUCAGUUGAAAGAGCAUUUUCAGCCAUGAAGAUUAUUAAAACUGAGUUGCGGAACAAGAUGUCCGAUGGUUGGCUUAAUGACUUGAUGGUGGUGUAUAUUGAGCGGGAGAUAUUUAAAGGAAUUGAUCUUGAAUCUAUCAAGAAGGCUUUUCAGAAGAAAAAAGAUAGAAAUAUGCAAUUGCCAAAGUCUCCUAGACGCAACUAAUAAUAAAUAUACCGCUUCUUUGGUCCAAUUGUUGAUUUGAUGCGUACUUUACGUAUUUUUCUUCAUUUGAGGUACUUCUGAACCA